AUGAAACUGAGUCCGAAGUUAAUGCGACACGAGUCGCUUGAAGUUUGAGAAAGAGCUUCGCUGCACGUGCAGCAACGUGAUCGUUAUCGGUAAGAGUGAGGAGCCGAACGAUGCAUUUUUACUGUGCCUAUGCCCUGUGCCUAUAUCCAGUGAUAUGAGUAGAGGCAAAGAUGCCUAAGAAGUGGGUCGGAGAGAACAGCAAGGCCGCGGUGGCCAAGGCGAGGAAGGAGGCGACGAGGCAGGAGGAAUUGCAGCGGAAGAAGCAGGCGGAGGAGGACGCCCUCUGGGAGGACGACGACAAGAACGCCCAGCGUAAGCAGCAGCGCAAGGAAGAGCGCGAGAAGAAGCGCCUGGAGCAACUAGAGAAGAAGACUCAGGCGAAGGCGAUGCUCGAAGAGGAAGUCGCUUCCAUCGACACUCGACCCACUUCAGCCGUCAAGCUCUCCCGGGCUCAGAUCCAGGCCAUGCAAGAGGAGCAGAGGAAGAAGGAGGAAGGGCAUAAAAAAGUCGUGACCCACUUGGAUACCCCGAUAGAAGAGAACUUGAAUCUACUUAGCACGGGAGAAUCAGCUCGCACAGUCGAUGAAGCUAUCACCAUUCUCAGCGGGAAGGAGGAGGAGGCAGGGGAUCGGCACCCGGAGCGGCGGAUGAAGGCCGCCUUUGCCGCCUACGAGGAGAAGAACCUCCCGAGACUGAAGGCGGAGAAUCCCAACAUGCGUCUGUCGCAGCUGAAGCAGUUGCUGAAGAAGGACUGGCUCAAGUCCCCCGAGAACCCCAUGAAUCAGAUGCGCAUGGCUUAUAAUGCCAAGCCCUGAGGCAUAUAUCACGUGGGGUGGGUGUCUGUUCGUUCGCAUUCGUCGAAGCGGUCUGCUUCCAGUCUUUCUCUUGUGGUUCCCUGAUUUGACCUUGAUCUAACCGCCGUUGUCGGUGACCGAGUUCGAAGAUGUAAGAAAAGUAUGCGGAUAAAUCUUUUGUUCGUACGGACAUUUUCAUGCUGUAUUCGGCUCAUCUUCACGCUGUAAUCAUCACGCCCCACGGGAAAACGAGGACGAGAGAGACGAGGGCUUUUGUCCACGGAAGCCUCUUAGCUGGAAUUUUUGAGCAGGGAUGCGACCCCUUUCAUGCAAGUCGGACUUAACAAGAGAUCCGAGAGGCUUUCUGACGCUCUCAUGCGAGCAGAAUCGCUUCUCGGAGAUGCCACAAUCUGCUUUUCAUCGCCUCAUGAUGAGUAUCUUUUCGCAUUUUAAAAUAAUCAGUGUAUUUUUUUCGCAGAGUGAUUUCACAGGCCGAAAUCUUAUUCCCAUGGUUUCUGGAGGCACAAUCCCACGUGGUUCUUUACGUUUUUCUUUGCGACUUGCUGAUAGAGUAGAGAGGAACUUUCCUCCGACAAAUAAGGAAAAGUCGCCGGUAGAUUUGAUAGGUU